GCUAGAGAAAUUCGGGGGCAUGUUCUGUUCCCUUAUUUAUCUCCUCUCUUCUUCCCUCUUCUGAAGAGAAGAGAUGGGGAGAGGAACGGGAAAGUGAAAUUCUAAGAUGCUGCUGGGAACUUUGAUUCCUUUCCUCACAUCCCUUUCCCUGCAUAGAAAUGGAAAAGGCACCCCGCUCCCUCCGGUGGGGAGCGGCUAGCGUGGGAAAGCAGACCCUGGCAGCUGAAACAGAAUGUGAUGCUUGAAGAACCCUCUGCUCACUUUCUAUACGAGGGAUGGAAAUCUCCAAAAUACUCGGGCUCCUGGUAGAGCUCUCAAGUCUGCUAUCCUGUCUCAGAUGUGUGGAGGCUUUCCUGGGAUCCAAGCCCAACCAAAACCAUUUGCAGAGUGCAGCGCCCAGCGUGUGUGCUGUGGGACCUCUCGGAUACUACAAUGGCUCACUGGCAGUCACCGAGGCCGGAGCAGAGUGUCUCAACUGGGCAGAGUUCCCUGAUUAUGUUCAGCAGUACCCAGACCAUGGCCUGGGGGACCACAACUACUGCAGGAACCCAGACGGGGGAGCCACGCCCUGGUGCUUCUACAGGCUGGUGUCAGGAGCCAUCGGCUGGGCCAACUGUGACUGUAAACAAGGUGCUGUGCGGUUGGCUGAAGACAGUAGUGUGGAGCUGUACUUCAAUGGACUCUGGGGUACCAUCUGUGCUGACCACUGGACUGACUGGGAUGCCAGUGUUGUCUGCAGGCAGCUAGGUCUCAGUGAGAUCGGCACAGCAGGGAAGAAGAGUCAUCCUGGACCAUGGCCUGUUCCCCUGCACCUGCAGUCAGCAAACUGCCAUGGAGAUGAGGAAGCCCUGCUGCAGUGUGGCUAUCAGGAAGCUGUGUCAGGAGCUUGUAACCAGGGGAGUGCCGUGGUAACUUGUGUUCCUCCAGAAGGUGUAGGUGCCCCACUGCGCAUAGUUGGGGGGAAGGAGAGCUUUGAAGGGCGAGUGGAGGUUUACCAUGAUGGCAAGUGGGGAACCAUCUGUGAUGACCAGUGGGAUGACCGGGAUGCUGAAGUAGUCUGUAGACAGCUGGGACUCAGUGGGACCCCAAAAGCCUUGUCAUGGGCUCACUAUGGGCAGGGAUCUGGCCCAAUCCUGCUGGAUGAAGUGCAGUGCUCAGGGAAUGAACUCUCCCUUGAUCAGUGCAAGAAGAGUGACUGGGGACAGCAAAACUGUGACCACAUUGAAGACGCUGGGGUCUCCUGUGACCCUUUCACAGAGGGCGCUGUCCGGCUGGCUGGCGGCCGCAGCCCCAGCGAAGGCAGGGUGGAAGUUUAUUACAACGGAGACUGGGGCACCGUGUGCGAUGAUGGCUGGACAGACCUCGGUGCCCAGGUGGUCUGCAGGCAGCUGGGCUUCAGUGGUCCUGCUGCCCUGGCCUCUGAAGGAGACUAUGCUGCUGGCCAAGGCUUCAUCUUACUGGAUGAUGUGGCAUGUGUGGGGACAGAGCUGUCUCUCCUGGACUGUCCCCACAGCAACUGGGGACAGCAUGACUGCUCCCAUGCUGAGGAUCUGGGAGUCCGCUGCUCCUCAGAAAGCAAAACAGUCAUGGAUGGCAGCCUAGGGCCCCCUGUGCGGCUAGUGGAUGGCGAAAGCACCAAGGAGGGCCGGGUUGAGGUAUUGCUGAAUGGGCAGUGGGGCAGUGUCUGUGAUGAUGACUGGACAGACAGAGAUGCUGCAGUGGUUUGCAGGCAACUGGGAUUCAGUGGUACAGCAAAAGCCAGGGCAAUGGCUUAUUUUGGUGAAGGCCAUGGGCCCAUCCAUCUGGACAACGUAGAAUGCAGUGGGACGGAACACACCUUGGGGCAGUGUGCCACGCCUGACACCAGGAUUCACAGCUGCUGGCACAGUGAGGAUGCUGGGGUGAUCUGUGACUAUGUGGAAGAAAAGGUCCAAGACAUCAGGAGAACAGGUCCAGAGUCUGGUGUGUGUGGGAUGCGCCUGCUCCAUCGUCGCAAGAAAAGGAUCAUAGGUGGAAACAAGUCUCUGAGAGGCAGUUGGCCAUGGCAAGCCUCACUGCGGCUGAAGGGUUUUCGUCGAGAUACUCGCCUGCUGUGUGGAGCAACACUGAUCAGCAGCUGCUGGGUGGUGACUGCAGCCCACUGCUUCAAAAGGUUUGGUGUUGAUGUGCGGCGCUACCUCCUGCGGGUGGGCGAUUACCACACGGGUGUGAAGGAUGAGUUUGAGAGGGAGCUGCCCGUGGAGCGGAUUGUCCUCCACAGGAACUACUGGGCUGGCAGCAAUGAUAACGACAUAGCCCUGGUCCGGAUGCGGGGCAGAGAAGGGCACUGUCUCUCCUUCAAUCACCACGUUCUGCCUGUCUGCCUGCCUGACAGGAGAGAGAGGUCUGAUAUCAACAGGCAAGCCUGCAUCAUCUCCGGCUGGGGAGACACAGGAAAAUCCUAUUCCAGAACCCUGCUGCAGGGGGUGGUGCCCCUUCUCCCCCGGGAAGACUGUGAGGCCCGUUAUGGGCAGAAGUUCACCAACCGCAUGAUUUGUGCUGGGAACCUCUCUGAAGAUAAACGGGUGGACAGCUGUCAGGGUGACAGUGGAGGGCCACUCAUGUGUCAGAGAUCAAAUGGACGCUGGAUCAUUUUGGGCAUCACUUCCUGGGGGUAUGGCUGUGGUCGGAAGGAUUCGCCUGGUGUGUACACAAAGGUCAGCAAAUUCGUACCCUGGAUCAAGAAAGUGACCAAGCUAAAAUGAAAAUGACUGAGCUCUAGGAAUUUCAGCAUAUGGUCCUUUUGCCCUGCAGCAGCAGAAGGCUGUGGCUUCUGGUUUGUGACUGAUGGAGAUUUAUUUUGUCAUUGGACACUGGCAAAAGAUUUUAAUGUAGAACUGGAAGGAAAACAGUUAUGACUGAUUCUUUAAAGUCUUUGGUUUCACUUUAGUCUGUAAUCUGUAAGCAGAGAAAGCAGGUGCACAGUGGUAAAAAUGAUCAGUAUGCGUUGCUCUACAUAUCUGAAUCCUUUAAUGCAAUCACACUUAUUCCUUUGCCCUGGCACACAGAAAUGGUAGAAGUAUACCUACUGCUGAAAAUCUAUUAAUGGUUAUAUGUUUGGACAGUUGAAACAUGCUGCAAGGAGAGGUAAGAUGCUUGGAAGAUGGCACCAGGUGCUGGCAUAGUGGAAAUCUUCAGAUAUUUUUUCAUAACAGCUCUCUUCUGUUCCAGGAGUCAGAAGAUUUGACCUGAGCUGAGGAACAGGUCAACAGUUGGGUUUUUCAGCUUCCUUGUUAUGUCUCUAGGGGGAACCUUCUCUCUUCUGAAUAGUAGGUCUGCUCCCAUAGGAUCCCUUUUGACUGUCUGCCUGGACUAAGAGAUGCUUGCCCCUCCUGC